AUGACACACAAAAAUCAAGGGCAGACCUCCAUCUACAAAAAAAUCAUGGCCUCCAACACAGAACUUCUCAAAGAGCGCUACCUGGGUAUUUGUGGUCCUGGCUCCGGAGAAGAUGAGCAAUUGUGUGUCUUGGUUUCUUCGUACAGAUGCUGCAGUUGUGUAAACGGGAAGCGGGGUGCAAAAGACCCCUUGGAAAGCCCACCGUUUGUUCUUUCGGUCCUUCUCCUGUGGAAUUUUGGCCUCUUAAUUGUGGAUCAUAUUCACUUCCAGUACAACGGUUUCUUGUUUGGAUUGCUGCUGCUUUCCAUUGCUCGAUUAUUCCAGAAAAGAUACUCAGAGGGAGCAUUUCUCUUCGCUGUCCUCCUGCAUUUCAAACACAUCUUUCUCUAUGUAGCCCCAGCCUAUGGCGUCUACCUACUCCGAUCUUACUGCUUCGCCCAAAAUAAUCCAGAUGGAUCACUUCGGUGGCGCAGUUUCAGUUUUCUACGCGUGAUCGUGCUUGGAUUAAUUGUCUGCCUCGUUUCUGCCGUUUCCUUGGGACCGUUUUUGGUUUGGGGUCAGCUUCCUCAACUUUUCUCUCGCCUCUUCCCUUUCAAACGGGGCCUCUGCCAUGCCUACUGGGCCCCAAACGUUUGGGCGGUGUAUAACUCCCUUGACAAAAUAUUGUCAAUCCUUGGGCUAAAGUAUCAAUUGCUUGACCCUGCAAAAAUACCUAAGGCGGCCAUGACUGGAGGGCUGGUUCAGGAAUUUCAGCACAGCGUCCUUCCUUCUGUGACCCCACUAGCAACCUUAUGCUGCACCGCCAUCUCAAUGGUGCCUUCUGUUUUCUGUCUUUGGUUUAAACCCCAAGGGCCCAGAGGAUUCCUCAGGUGCUUGGUUCUCUGUGCGCUAAGCUCCUUCCUGUUCGGUUGGCACGUCCACGAGAAAGCCAUUCUCCUCGCCAUCCUUCCUUUAAGCUUGCUGUCCGUGGAGAGGUCAAGAGAUGCUGGUAUUUACCUAAUACUGUCCACUACAGGACAUUUUUCCCUCUUCCCACUGCUGUUUACCACCCCAGAGCUGCCCAUUAAAAUAUUGCUGAUGCUCCUCUUUUCGGUAUACAGCUUCUCCUCCCUGAAGGCCCUUUUCAGGAACGAGCCUCUGCUUCACUGGCUGGAAGCCGUCUACCUCAUUGGGUUGAUACCCAUCGGAAUUGUCUGUGAAAUUGUGUUCCCUUUUACUUCCUGGGCUCAGACACUUCCUUUCCUACCUCUGUUGCUCACCUCUUUGUAUUGUGCUUCCGGCGUCAUCUAUGCCUGGCUCAAGCUGUACAUCUCGGCCUUCACCGGACCAUCGGAAGGCAAACCAAAGAAAGAAGAGUGAUGUAUAUAUCAUGGGUUCCAAGCCGGCAAGGAUCAUUCCAGAAAGCUCACCACCCAACAACAGGUGCCAACAUUGGACGUCCUGUCCAAUGCCAGAAAUGGAACUUUAAAACACAUUCUUUAAAGACUUGGGGACUUGAAACAAAUCAGAAAGUAAUCAGGUGUUUAAACCAGUGCCAUCUGAAUGCAAUGUAUUGCUUAUUUACAUAAUUGGUGUAGCAAGAAAAAAAAUCAGUGUUUUUUGCUUAUUUUUCUUUUGAAUUAUUCUGUCUCCCAACGGCCACAGGGAUGUGCUGAUACAAAUAACAGAGGGGAACGAACAAUUACUUUCUCCCGAAUAUUAGGACUUGGGUUGAAGGCAAUAAGGGGUUAAAGUUUAAAUAGGCACACUCAAUAACAGAUGUGUAAU